AUGAUAAACUCCGUAUUCUUGAUGCAUCGUCGGACGGAUUUAUGGGGACCGGACGCGCUGAUUCUUUCCUUCCUCGAAUUUGGCCCGGACCGGUUUCUUGACAGUCGCCUAUACAAGUAUCUAACCCCUAAUCCGUACAUAUUCGCUCCCUUCGGCGCAGGUCCGAGGAUCUGCCUUGGCCAACAGUUUACCUGCAAUGAAGCUUCGUACUACCUCAUUCGACUCCUGCAAACAUUCUUCUCUUUCAGUCUUGCCCUGGAUGCUCAGCCUGCUGAGGAUAUUCCGCCGAAGACUUGGACCAGAGCUCCCGGGACGAGCGAAGGCCGGGAUAGGAUCAUGCUCGGGACGCAUGUGUUGCUGUAUGCUAAGGGUGAUCUAUGGGUCAGGAUGGAAGAAGCCAACGACGAGACGACGCUGUGA